CCCCGGAGGGUGGCCGGGUGGCAGGUUCCCAUGCUGGGUUAUGAGGGCUUACGGGUGCCCGGUGCUGCGUGGAAUGAAGGAUGAGCUGCCCUUCGUGCCAGAAAUACGCGUGGGGCUGCACUUACGACAGGCUGCGUCCCGUCAGACCCAUCCGGCUGCCCCCUCCGGUGCCGCUGGUGCCAGUGGCCCAGAGGCCCCUUGGCCAGCAGGACUGGCACCACGGCUCGCUCCCCAGGCAGGAGGCUCAGGCGUUGCUGACCAGCGAGGGGGAUUUCUUGGUCCGCGCAAGCCAGGGGAGGCCAGGAGCCCAUGUCCUGUCCGUGCUGGCUGGAGGACAGUGCAGGCAUUUCAUCAUCCAGUGCCGGCAGGGCAGGUACCAGCUCGAGCCUGGAGGGGUGGGGGCACCCACCAUCCCCUCGCUCGUCCACCACCAUCUGCAAUCACGCCAGGUGCUCACCGCGAAGUGCCCAUUCCUGCUGCGGAACCCGGUCGCCAAGGCCAAAUGGGACCUGAGCCAUGAAGACGUGGUGCUGGGGGAGCUGCUGGGCAGCGGGAAUUUCGGGGAGGUGUAUAGCGGCCGCCUGUCCUACGACAACACCCCCGUGGCUGUGAAAACCUGCAGGGAGCACCUGGCCCCGGAGACCAAGCACAAGUUCCUCAUGGAAGCCAGGAUCGUGAGGCGCUACAGCCACCCGAAUGUCGUCCGGAUUAUUGGUGUCUGUGCCCGGAAGCAGCCUGUCUUCAUCGUCAUGGAGCUGGUGUCGGGUGGGGAUUUCUUAUCGUUCCUCCGCUCCGAGGGGAGCCGGCUCUGGGUUCAAGACCUCAUCCACUUUGCAGUUCAGGCAGCCGCAGGGAUGGCCUAUCUGGAGAGCAACGGUUGCAUCCACAGGGACCUGGCGGCCAGGAACUGCCUGGUGGGGGAAGGCAACGUGCUGAAGAUCAGCGACUUCGGCAUGUCGCGGCAGGAGGCCGACGGCGUCUACGCCUCCUGGGGAGGAAUGAAGCACAUUCCCAUCAAGUGGACGGCGCCGGAGGCUCUGAGAUACGGCCGGCACUCGACGGAGAGCGACGUCUGGAGCUACGGGGUCCUGCUGUGGGAGAUCUUCAGCCUGGGGGCCGCCCCCUACCCUGGCAUGUCGAACCAGCAGGUGGUGAACCAGGUGGAGCGAGGUUUCCGCAUGCGAGCUCCUCCGCGCUGCCCGGUGGAAGUUUACGACGUGAUGCUGAGGUGCUGGGAAGCCAGUCCCAGCCUGCGCCCCAAGUUCAGCGCCAUCCAUCAGGAGAUGACGCAGCUCCACUGGAACGCUGAGUGACCACGGGCCUCCACGUCCCCUUUGUAAUAUGUAUCCCCCCUCCCCCCUGAAAUAAUCUAUAUAAAGCCUCUCAAUGCCUUUGC